UUAUUCCUUCCUCUCACCAAGAGGAAUAUGAAAGCCGAGACAGGCCAGGAAGCCCAGACUCGUCCUUCCAGGUGUCCGGACAACAGUGCCUUCAAGCAGCAGAAGCUGCCCGCCUGGAAGCCGCAGCUCUCCCUUGCCAGCGUUCUCUCCAUCUUCUUUGUCAUCGGAGCGGCCUGCCUCGCUGUGGGAAUCUGUCUCAUCGUGUCCGCAAACAGCGUCAGGGAGAUCGAGAUUAAUUAUUCAGAUACAUGCUCAGAUUGUUCAACACUUCGUGAAAAUUCCUCUAAUUGGAAUAAAGAAUGCUACUGUUCUGCUGACUUCAUACUAAAGGAAGAUAUGCUGGGUGAUGUUUUUAUGUACUAUGGGCUGCAAAACUUUUAUCAGAACCACCGUCGAUACGUGAUAUCGAGAAGUGAUGUGCAAUUGUUGGGCCGAGAUGUAAAUGUUGAGAACAGCUACUGCACGCCCUUCACGACGUACGAGAACGGGACCCCGAUGGCUCCAUGCGGCGCUAUUGCCAACAGCAUAUUCAAUGACACUAUCGAUCUUUUUUAUAAUGUUAACUCAUCUGUUAUUCAAGUCCCACUGCUGAAGACUGGAAACAGUUGGUGGACAGAUAAAAAUGUGAAAUUUCGCAAUCCAGUAGCGCAAAAUCUUUCUUCUGCAUUUGCAGGAACAGCCAGACCUCCCUACUGGCAGAAACCAGUAUAUAUGUUAGAUGAGGAAGAUGAAAGGAACAACGGGUACAUCAAUGAUGAGCUCAUUAUCUGGAUGCGAGUGUCAGCCUUCUCUACGUUCAGAAAUCUUUAUCGCCGUGUCAGCCGCACAGGGCAGUUUGCUGAUGGCCUCCCAGCAGGGAAUUACACUUUCUAUAUUUCCUAUAAUUUCCCCGUUAGCAAAUUUAAGGGGAAGAAGUAUGUGAUCCUUUCAACUGUGGUGUGGAGUGGAGGAAGUAACCCAUUCCUGGGAAUUGCCUACACGGUUUGCGGCACGGCAGCAACCCUGACGGGUUUUGUUAUAACUGCCAUCCACUUAAAGCUCAGAAAAGAGAAAACUUACUUUCAGAAAUGAGAUGAUUCCCUGGCUUGCUGAGCAAGAGCAAAGAUCUGC